CCGAUCCUAAAAUGCUAAAAUUGGUCCCGAGUGCACGUGUGUAGAGCACAAUACUGGUAACAGUUUAAUCGAUGUACUGCCGCUUUUUCACAGCAAGUUUACAAAUAAAUUGCUACUAAAACCACAAAAUAUGAUCAGAACCAGCCGCACUGAUACCCAACCGAAGCUGACGAACUCCUCAGAGAAAAGGUUAGGAUUAUGUGAGGCAUGUAAUGUUAGCGCAGCUCAGUACACUUGCCCACGUUGUGAGGUUAAAACGUGCAGUUUAGCGUGUUUGAACCUUCAUAAACAAGAGCUUAAAUGUGAUGGCAUAAGAGACCGCACAAAGUACAUUCCGCUGGUGAAAAUGACAAGAAUGGAUCUUAUGAACGAUUAUUACUUCUUGGAAGAAUGCACUAAAUUUGUACAAGACCGGAAGCGGGAUCAAAGAAAGCGGCUCACGUGUACGAACAAACAUCUACCGAAUCACUUGGUUCGUCUUCAGCGAGCUGCGACGAGUCGUGGAACAAAGCUAAGGUUUCUGUUACAACAUUUUAACAAACGACAGAAGAACACUACGUACCUGGAUUUCAAGAGUGGCAACAUUUUGUGGCGUAUUGAAUGGUGUUUCCCAGACGGGAAUGAAACAUUCGUAUUUGUAGACGAAAAUGUGAACGAAGACUGCAAACUUCACGACAUUGUUGAUAAAUUUUUACAACCUGCAGGGAAAAGUAAUAUCCCCGGGGCAGCGAAACUUGCAUACUAUCAGGCACGCGGAAUUUCGGCACUCCAAUUGUUGCUUAAAGCAGAAGGAAUACAGCAAUGCCACAACCGAACUUUGCCGCUUAACAUAACCGAUACGCUUCGCGAAUCAUUACGAGACAAAACUGUAGUAGAGUUUCCAACUAUUUAUGUUGUGUUUAAGGAUCAGCUAGACCAAUUCAAUGUUAUCGAUAGCGAUGACGAUAUGGAGGCUGAAAUGCAACAUUACAAACGUUUUCUGAAUGAAAGCCAACAUGAAUUAUCUCGUAGUUCAAUUGUAGAAAACAUAGACAGUCGUUUGGAAAAAAUGAAACUUGAACAAAUUCAACACGGUAAUACUGCUCGUAAUUUUCUGUUCAGCGAUGAAAAGUUUCUAAACGAUUUGUCAGAAUCAGAUGAGGAAUCAUUAAGCGAGGGAUCAGGAGCGCCAAAGAAGCGCAAACCAGAUUCUGUAAGCUCAGUUGUUGAUAAAGAUAAUACCUCUACUUAAAGGUAAUUAAUGGCUAAUGUUUUAGUUUAGUUUAAUUUUGGCAGUUUGGUUCCUAAGUUUUCAUUUGUUUGUUGCAAUUAUUAUCUAUUGAAUGCA